AUGUGGAUGUGGAAUGCAGCGAGGCAAAGUGGCAGCCGGUCUUCCCAGAUCAGCCACGGGAGCCACGCCAGCCGAACCAGCUAUGGCAGCCACACGGCCAGCCAUCUCAGCAUCGGCAGCAUCACCAGCAGGACUCGUGGCAGUCAGCACAGGGACAUAGAGUUCCAAUUUUUUAUACGACAGACUGAGGCCCUGUAUCCUCCUUGGUGGACUCGCGAAGCCAUUAUCGACUGGUAUCGAGACCUGCCUGAUGACACCAUGUGGAACUGCUACAUCUGCGGCUGCGUCCUCCUAGGCGUGAUCUGCGCCGUCUCCGAAUUUAACAAUCUCUACAUAGACAUUAUUGACGUGAUCUACAACAUCUCGUACGCCAUACAUGUGUUCGCUAUCGGCUAUAGAAUGGUCAGUGAACUGGAGAACACUGACAUCACCUUUUGGGUUGUCCUUGGAUAUCUGGUCGACCUGGGAUCGUUUGCUCACUACGUCAAAGAUUAUAGUCCUAUAUUCAAGUUGACAUGUUACUACGUGCGACUGCAUCGACCUUUUAAGUAUUUAUGGUCCUUAACCGACUACAACCUAAAAGGCAGUAUACUGGGAACUACAUUAAAGUAUUGCUACAUAUUUCUGGUGAUACGAAUCACUUGGGCUUAUGCAUGGCUUUAUAUUGACAAGGAAGGCAACCUCUAUAGAAAUGUUACAAGUAUCAAUCCUGAGCCACCUAAGCCGCUCGAUCUAGAUCAAGAAAAUGUAACAGUUCUGAACAAGACUACCACUCCUGCCGGUCUGUUCCUCAGUGCCUACUAUCUCAUCAACAAGAUGUUUAUACCUAUUGGACCCUCGGAGUAUCCGGACUCGGACGUAGAACGCCUCGUGUGUCUAUGCAUCAUGCUGUCAGGGUGCCUGGUCGUGACUGGCUCCGCGGUGGCAUCGUUGUCGCUGGUCGUGAGCCUCUACAUGCGCCCUGAGGAGACCUUCCUCUCAAGAUAUCGGCUCAUCAUGAAAGAGAUGAAAGACACAGCUGUGCCCACUUCUCUUCGCGACAAGGUGGAGGCGUUCUACAAGAUGUACUGGCACAAGCAACGAGCUGUGUCGGAGACGCAACUGCUGCCCAUCUUCCCCCCAACCUUGCCGGCUACCAUCAACACUGACAUUUACUUUGAGGCCACACAAAAAGCUCGAAUCCUUCGCGAGCUAUCGUACCAGAUAUUGGAAGAACUGGCUCGGAAGAUGGAGACAGUUCACUACAUUCCAGGAGAUGCCAUCAUCAAGCGAGGAUCUAAGAAGUGCCAAAUUAUUUACAUUACCUAUGGAGAUAUUGAAAUGCUGACAGCGGAGGAUGAUAACACGCCCAUCCUGCGCAUGACCCGAGGCACAGUGCUGACUCCAUAUGGCUGCGCGGUAGCUGCGGCGCUCAGCCGCUCGCACUUGGCCGUGCGGGCAGCUACCUUCUGCACGGCUCAUGUCCUGAGGGCCAGGGAACUGUGGCGGGUCGUCACCAAGCACUCGGCAUCGCAGGACCACGCGGGACCCAUAUUAGCUUCCUUCACUGAUCACAUUGAAAAAGUCAAAAGGCACUAUCAAAUGAAAGUUCCAGAUGAUGCCAUCCACAAGAGCAGUAUCCUGAACUUCAAUCGCAACCUCAUCAUGCUAAAGGAAAUGAAUGAGGAAGGAGCCUCGGUGCUUUCCAGCUCCGACGUGUUCUUAGAGAUCGCUGGAUGCUAUAUCAUGAGGAAUCGUUCAGCCUCUGCUCUAACGGACCAGUCGGAUCAGAUAUGCCUCCGUCCGGUGUUCCCUUGCAUCCUGCAGCCGACAUCUUCGCUCCUGGUCGGGUGGCAUGCUUUCGUGGCUAUGCUCAUCUUGAUUGUUUGUAUUACGCAUCCCUACUUCCUAGUGUUCCACAGCCAGCUGCCCCAACUGUUCAGGUUCUUUGAUUAUUGUGUGACUUCUAUAUAUACUCUUGACCUCAUCGUGCAUUUGUCCACGGGAGCUAACGUCGAGGAAGGUGUUCCGAUCACAUUCGCGCAGACGUCGUCCCAGCAGAUGCGCAGUCACUGGUUCGUGCUGGACGUGGUGGCCACGCUGCCAGUCUUUGAGUUCAUUGGCAACGGACAGUUUGCUGGCAUGAACAAGAUUCUCCGGCUGCCCAAGCUGUUUCGUGUGUUGAAGAGCCACGAGGAAAGCUGUGGUUACCGCAGCCACGUGCUCCGGUUCCUGUCGUACACCCUGCUGCUGCUCAUUGCUUGCUACCUCAUCGCUACCAUGCAGCAAGCCUUCAUGUGCUUCCAGUCUGGUCACUGCUUGGUGACGAACUUCACGCACAGACCGCAUUGGGAGCACAAACCACUGGACGACGAGACGGUGCAUUCCAGGCUUAUCUUCGGCCUGUACUGGGCCAUUUCCAUGAUCAUCUUCUCAAUUCACCGAGAAACUUGGGGUAAAGAAAACUGGAAGAAUGUUCUUUACACGAUGGUCAUCCUGGACAUCUGCAUUGUACUGCGUAUCUUCAUGGAGGCGGUCUACUCUGCCACUAUCAUGGUCACCACCGAUUUAAGAGAGAAUUAUGGUUCCCGAAUCGCUAUGGUGAAGAGUUUUCUGAUUAGGAACGAAAUGGACCCUCUCUUGAGGAAGAGGUUCAUCACAUAUCUUCAACUGUGCUGGCAUACAGAUCAGGCUUACAAGAUGUCCCACAAGGCUCAUGCGAACAUAUUCUACGAUUUACCAGCGCAUGUGUACCAAGACAUAGUCGGCAGGAACCGCAGCAAAUACAUACUGGUCAUACCGUUCAUGAGGUUUUUGAACAAAGAAGACAUGAGAUUCAUAUCAUCCGUGGCUAAACUGUUCUACACGUCCCCUAAUGAAAUACUAUUGAAUACUGGAGAGCUCACUAAUGAAAUAUAUAUCAUCAAAAAGGGCAUCUGUGAGAUUGUUGAUCCGGUCUCUAAGCAACGCAUUGGCACGUUGACUACAAAGAACCAUUUUGCUGCACUCAUCUGUCUCUUACGUAUCCCGGCAUACUAUACUGUGCGUGCUAUCACCCACGUACAGGUGUUUUCCCUGCCCCGCAAGUAUCUGGAUAAGGUAUUUGAGCACCCACAAAUAAAGGAGGCCAUUGACUUCGUGAAGAAACGCCCGGAGUAUCAGCGCGUGCAGAAGAAAUUGCCUGCCUUCAUGAAGUACGUGCCACCCCCCCGACCCAAGAAUGUGAUGCAUUUCAAGCUGCCGAGGAAACACGAGCCCGACUACGAAUUCCUCCACCCUUUCGAUAGGCUUGGAUUCUUAUCUAUUUUGCGUUACGUAUUUCCGCGGUACACGAUCCGACCUGAUGGCAAGUACCUGCUCCGGUACGAGUGGUUCCGCAUGAUAUGCGCACUGCUGUCUGCUCAGCUGUUCCCUCACUACACCUACCUGGUGCUGCAGUGGCCGUUCCUCUAUCAGGUCUCCUGGUUCCUCGACCUGUCGGCUUAUUACGAUAUUUGCCAAAGGAUGAUGAUUGGCUACUUCAACACGGACGGGAUCCUCGUGUACCAUCCAGCCAGCACCGCCGCCUACUACUUGAAGGGGGCUUUCUUAGCUGAUCUAUUGGCUUGCUUACCUCUUGAAAAUCUGGAGUCAACUCGGAAAGACAGCUCUGAACACCUGUUCCGCCUGACUCCAACGAAGCAGUUUCUGAUGCUGAACCGUCUGAUCCAGUUGUAUCGAAUGCCGAGUGCCAUGAUGGUGCUCAAGGAGUACAUCGAGAGACGGGACAUACUCAUGGUCAUUCAAGCGAUCCCCUUAUUCAUGGCGAUGCUGAACACGCUGACCUGCCUCAUGGUUUUCUACUCCGUGAAGAUAUCCUACUCCAGGGAUUCGAGCGGCUACGAAUGGAUUAUAGAACCCUUCGACGAUAAAGGAGGAUCGUGGGUGUACUUGUUCAAGGAUAAAUUUCGGUUCAACUUUACGGAAGCGCCCUGGAACCUUCACCUCGCCACUUAUUUCUGGGUUGUGUACGAGUGCAGCACCACAGGCUAUGGGAUAUUCAAUCCCACCAACCAUGAAAUUAUGAAACUUCUUUUCGUUGGCAUCGCUUGCAGUGCAAUGAUAGUCACAUACUACUCGGUCCGCAUCAUCAGUAUUCGGGCGAAUGUCAACAAGUCUCUGGCCGGUUUUCAGCAGCAUAUGAAGGAUAUCAACGUCUACAUGGCUAGAGAGAAGUUGGAUUCGGAACUGCAAAAAGAGAUUCGACGUUUUUAUGAGUACAACUGGGAGAAGAUGGGUGGCGUCGACUACCGAGGAAUACUCAAAUUGUGUGACCAGAUUACUCUCAGAACUGAUGCUAUCCUGCAUAUUUACGGACAUACCUUUACUAAGUGUCCGUUACUAGCAAAUGCCGAUGUCUCCCUACUGCGCAUCAUUGGUCGUGCAGUGCGCAGCGUGUACUUCCUACGGGACAUGAAGAUUCUGGAGGUAGACGAUAUGGCUACUGACAUGUACUUCGUAGACUACGGAGGAGUGGAAGUCAGGGUCAACGUUGGAGAUAACUACCAUGUUAUUAGACUACCGAGGGGCAGUGUAUUUGGCAACUUAGAAGGCACCAAGGCACAAAGAAGUCCUUACAACGUGAUAGCCACUGGUCGGCUGCAUCUGCUGAUGAUCAAGUCAGACACAUUCUCCAGCAUCACGAAGGACUUCCCAGCUAUUAGACAGCUCAUGGAGAGCUCCAAAUGCGGCAUAGGAAAGAAUACGAAGAUGUAUAUCUUGGGAGGCGAGGCCAAAGUGAGGGUUCGUCACACGUUACCUUCCAGCAUGCCUCAUCGGAGCCAGACCAGCGUCCUGAAGUAUAUCUACUUCCAAGAGGGUUAUGUGCAGAUCUAUCUCAUAGCCAUCUGCAUGGGCUGCAUAUAUCUGGACAUGUAUAACGCGGGAUAUCAGGAUAAUAGCAGGUGGAUGCUCACGACACUGUAUUCCUUGGACUUCGCCUUCUUUCUGAAGAUAUUUACCCAGCACUCCCUGCCAUUCCUAGUUCCAAAUAGAAAUAUAAAGAAAAUGCUGUUGCCUAUUAGAAAGAUGUACUUUAAGGGCGAGUUCAGAUACGACUUCAUAUCCAUAAUUCCUUUCGAGCUGCUGAGCUUUGCCUCCGUCCAACAUCGGUGGUUCCUGUUCCCAUGGCUGCGGCUCAACCGGACCUUCAGAAUCGCAACGGUCCACAAGUGUCUGCGCAAACGCAACGAGAGCAUCACUGUCAACCUGACGUUUACCACCAUCAUGGCUGUUCUGAUCUGGUUCACUCUGUUCGUGCACGCUGUCUCCUGUGUGUGGUACUUCAUUGGCUCCGUAGAGGACUCUAUCAAACCCUUUUCUUCGUGGAGAUACUUGGAUGAUGGUUCAAGCCAAUGCGAUAACAGUUACAUCUGCUCGCUGUACUUCGUGAUCACGACGUUCACUCAAAAUGGCGUCGGAGACAUCAUGCCGAAGAAACAGUCUGAGGUGCUAUUCGUGGCGAUCCUCCAGAUAAUAUCAACUAUGGUAUUCAUGGUGUACGUGGGGGAGUUCUCGAACAUCAUCCAGUACACCUCCUACCGCUCCUUCAGCUUCUACAGCAAGUACCUUGAAUUGCAGGAGUUCAUGAAGAACAACCGAGUGUCUCAGCACCUAGUGAAUAUCGUCAAUAAGUAUACCUUACAUUUGUGGCGGGAGAACCGAGGAUUCCAAGAGCCUCACUUCUUGGUGCACGCUCCGCUGUCUCUGAGACUGCGGGUCAUGUCUGCAGCUUACUAUCAUCAUAUCACCAGGCACCAUAUAUUUGAAGAAUGCGACGCUGGUUUCCUGAGGCAACUAGUCGGAUGUUUAAGGAUUUACACUUAUAACGAAGGCAUGUACGUGGUAAAAGAGAGCGAUAUUACGGACGCCAUGUACGUGAUACACACGGGCAAGGUGAAGGAGACCUGCGAGGAGAUGGACAUCAGCGCCAGGGUCUACCCAGCCGGCUCCUACUUCGGAAUUAUCCAGGGCUUAUUACGCAAUACUCCGUACACUCAUUCGUACCAGACUGUCAUCAAGUCGUGUGUGCUCACGCUGCAGCUGGACGACUGGGAGUACUUGCUGAAGCACUUCCCAGAUAGCAGAGACGCCAUACACAAACACAUGAGACAGUUAGGAGAUGAUGACACUGACAAGAGUAAUUGGCCUGGCGGCGCUCCAGUUGAAUGGACGGCCCCAGAAUAUGUGCCCCUAGCGGACAUUCCCGAAGAAGCUCCCCUUGCACCGGGAAUGUUUCCUGGAAUUAAGCGACAUUUCGGAAGAGACUCAGAUACACCUGAAGACCAGCCCCCUACCAGGCCCUCUUUGACAGGUAGAAAAUCAUCCCUACAUUUCCCUUGGCAUAUACGACACGGGGAACACGCAGACAGCAAACGAGAAGAAGAAUCUCUGGAAGUAGAAGAACAUCGUAAAUUAGGAUUCUUCGAAAAAAUUAUUGGAACCGCAAAAAAAUUAAUGGGUAGAGUUUCUGAUUCUGACUUGCUUGCAAUGACUGGGGAAGGCAGAGAUGAACUUCAAUUGGAAGAAGACGAAGAGGCGACUGAAGCACUACUUGCACAGUUUGAAGCAGCUAAAAAACUGACUGAAAAAGAUAAGAAAAAAAUAAUAACUCGUAGGAAGAGUAUGUUUUACGGGGACGAUCAAACCAUGGAAAAACAACUAGUAACACUAGAUAUCGCACCAUCGAUGACGGACGAACUUAGCAAGGAAGAGUCUCAAGCGUUUACCAUGCGACCGCUGAGAAUCCGAGAUUCAGACACCGAAUUACCUACCCCCUCUAAAUCCCAGUCAGUUGCGGCACCGGAAGUUCUUAAUCUGGGAAGGUCAAAAUCAAAAGUAUUACCAGAAGCGACAGUGCGCAAAUUGAAAGAAGAUACAGAACCUGAAGAGCCCUCCAAAAAAGGAUCUGAAUUAUAUCAACUAAAACUUAGUGAUUCUACAACUGCUGAAGCAACUGCAAAUACAUUACAAAGGCCUGAAGACAUUCAGGGGUCUUCAAAAAUUCCAGCUGCGGUCGAUAUGUCAAAGGCUAGCCUUGCUAGUACGGCUACUGCAAAAGAACAUGUUUUAAAAAUAACUUCCUUAGAACCUCAAGAUUCUAAACCUUCGACGAUCCCAGAAUCCUCCGAAAUUCAAAUUGCGAAUAUAAACAUUAUGAAGACUCCAUCCGGCGACACGGCAGCAACGAAUGAAGAGACACUAGAAGGUCAAACUACUUUAGGAGAUCUGGAUUCCAAACCUCCUGAAGACAAAGAAACAAAACCUGGCGAUGAAAAUGCGAUCUCACAAGAGUUAAGUCUCUUGUAUCCCGAACUAUUACCUACUAAGCCUGCUGAAACUGAAGAACUUCCAGAUACUACUGGAGAUGUCCCAAGCACUUCUGCACCAGAACAUCACCCGUCGAUGACGCGUCUUAGCACACGCCACCACACUAUGCCUGAUAUUUUUGGUUCAAAGCCUUUUGAACUUCCAGAGCAACAACAUGGGUCUGGUGAGGAAGACUUAGCUGUCAAAUAUAUUCUGCCUCCUGAAGAAACUACAAGUGUCCAAGCUAUACACGACGAUAAGCAGACUGCUCAAGGAACUUCAGGUGCUCCAACUGUAACUUCAGGUGCUCCAACUGUAACUUCAGGUGCUCCAACUAUAACUUCAGGUGCUCCAACUGUAACUUCAGGUGCUCCAACUGUAACUUCAGGUGCUCCAACUGUAACUUCAGGAGCUCCAACGGUAACUUCAGGUGCUCCAACUGUAAAGGAAACUCUUCCUGCCUCGGAAUCAAUGGGAGUCCAAGUCAAAGAAAAAGAACCUGUUCACGAAACUAAGAGUACUCAGGCAGCCAUGAAAAUUAAAGAAGGUCCUGAUCCGGAAAAAGUAACUACACAAGCUGGCCCAAGUACUAAAGCAUUAUAUACAAAAGAAACACAAGCUUCAUCUUCGAAGCCACCUCCUCCGUCAGCGUCAUCAGAAAAGAUUAUUUCAUAUUUAUCUAAUGAAAGUGUUUCCACUAUAGAUCUAGAUGUCGAACCAUCGCAAUAUAUCGCAGCGCGUCCCGAUGAUGAAAAGUCGCGUGCAUUCGCUGAAGAAGCAGCCCGAAAGCGGUCGUUCAGUAGAAAGCCCAUAGUCUUUGACCCGAACCGUAAGUCGGACUCGGAGAACGAAAAUGAUAAAAACGAAACAAAAGAAGAAACAACGUUACAUACGCUCAAACAGCCUCCUUCAUCGGUGUCCGAUGUAAAGUUGAUGCAAUUUAUGUCUGAGACCGAGGAUCCUGUAAUAACCAGUAGAGAAACUGUGGUGAUGAAACCCAAGACUCCCUCAUCACAUGAUAUCAAACAGGAAGAAACGCCCACGUCGACGACAAAGUUGAACCGACGCUUCGUCCACGUGCGGUAUGAUGAGAAGAAUAAAGAUAAGAAUAAACCCGUUGCGGAAGAAGAUUAUUUAGUUGAUCAGGAUGCUGAAGAAGAAGGUGUGAAUAUUAUCACGUUGGAUAGUGACGAGCCGCAGGCCCAGGAAGUCGUGGAAGAGGAGGAGCCAGAGGCAGAGAAAGAGGCCUCCGAGACCUCUCGAAAUUUAAAUAACCCUUACUAUAGAAGACGAUCUGACUAG